GUUCCCAAAAGCGCAAACGGGUACCACACAGUUUUCGUUAUCCCCAAAACCACCGCUCUGCAAACCACUGGGGAGAGAGAGCGAGAGAGUUGUUAAAGAAAGAACGGGAGCAGAGAAAGAGAGUAAGAAUGGCGGCAGAGUCAGCUGUGAGAAUGUCUUCGGCUUCUUCAGUCUGCAACUUCAAUGGGUCAAGGAGGCCACUUCCUGUCUCUCACCGUAGAUUCCUCCCACUUAAUUCCUUGCGUCGUCGGCGGAGCAGUAUUUACUCUCUCGGUUCUUCUUCUCUCUCCGAAUUCUUCGGAACUGUUCGACUCAGCUCCACCACUUCCAAGCUUCCUACCUUACAGCACCAACAGCAAAAAAGAAACUUCUCCGUGUUCGCCAUGGUCGCUGAAGAGGGAAAGCGAACAGUGCCAUUAAAAGACUAUCGCAAUAUUGGUAUUAUGGCUCAUAUAGAUGCAGGGAAAACUACUACAACCGAGCGAAUCCUGUACUAUACCGGGAGAAAUUAUAAAAUUGGUGAGGUGCAUGAAGGAACAGCUACAAUGGACUGGAUGGAGCAAGAACAAGAGAGAGGGAUUACUAUAACUUCAGCUGCAACUACCACAUUUUGGAACAAACAUCGCAUUAAUAUUAUUGAUACUCCUGGCCACGUUGACUUCACACUUGAAGUGGAGCGUGCUCUCAGGGUUUUGGACAGUGCUAUAUGUUUGUUUGACAGUGUGGCUGGUGUGGAACCUCAGUCUGAAACGGUGUGGAGACAAGCUGAUAAAUAUGGGGUACCUAGAAUUUGUUUUGUCAAUAAAAUGGAUCGUCUUGGGGCAAACUUUUUUAGAACAAGGGAUAUGAUUGUUACAAAUUUGGGUGCCAAACCCCUUGUAAUACAAAUACCAAUUGGUUCAGAGGAUAAUUUCAAAGGGGUUGUUGAUCUAGUGAAGAUGAAAGCCAUAGUUUGGUCUGGAGAAGAAUUGGGUGCAAAGUUUGUGUACGAGGAUAUUCCGGCUGAUCUUCAAGAGAUGGCUCAGGACUACCGGGCACAGAUGAUUGAGACCAUAGUUGAGUUGGAUGAUGAAGCUAUGGAGAGCUACCUUGAAGGAGUUGAGCCUGAUGAAGAAACGACAAAGAAAUUAGUUAGGAAGGGAACCAUCACAAGUAGUUUUGUGCCAGUUUUAUGUGGUUCAGCUUUUAAGAACAAGGGGGUUCAACCAUUGCUUGAUGCGGUCGUGGAUUACUUGCCUUCUCCACUUGACUUGCCACCUAUGAAAGGGACUGACCCUGAGAACCCAGAAGUGACGGUUGACAGGGCUGCCAGCGAUGAUGAACCAUUUGCUGGACUAGCUUUCAAGAUCAUGAGCGAUCCUUUUGUGGGGUCGCUUACAUUUGUAAGGGUGUAUGCUGGGAAGCUUACUGCAGGAUCUUAUGUACUUAAUGCAAACAAGGGAAAGAAAGAGAGAAUUGGUAGACUUCUAGAAAUGCAUGCUAACAGCAGAGAGGACGUUAAGGUAGCCUUAGCUGGUGAUAUUGUAGCUCUUGCAGGUCUAAAAGAUACCAUUACAGGAGAAACAUUGUGUGAUGUGGAGAAACCUAUUGUGCUUGAACGAAUGGACUUUCCUGAUCCUGUGAUAAAGGUGGCAAUUGAGCCUAAGACAAAAGCUGAUGUCGAUAAAAUGGCAACCGGCUUAAUAAAACUAGCUCAAGAAGAUCCGUCUUUCCAUUUCUCAAGGGAUGAAGAGGUCAAUCAGACAGUCAUUGAAGGCAUGGGAGAAUUGCAUCUUGAGAUUAUUGUUGAUCGGCUCAAGAGGGAAUUUAAGGUAGAAGCUAAUGUUGGUGCACCACAAGUGAACUAUAGAGAAAGCAUUUCCAAAGUCUCGGAAGUGAAGUAUGUUCAUAAAAAACAGUCAGGUGGACAAGGACAGUUUGCUGAUAUCACCGUAAGGUUUGAGCCCAUUGAAGCAGGCAAUGGAUAUGAGUUCAAGAGUGAAAUUAAAGGAGGUGCAGUGCCAAGAGAGUAUAUUCCUGGAGUGAUGAAAGGAUUAGAGGAAUGCAUGAGUAAUGGAGUGCUUGCUGGCUUUCCAGUUGUUGAUGUCCGUGCUGUGUUAGUGGAUGGCUCUUACCAUGAUGUUGAUUCAAGUGUAUUGGCAUUCCAGCUGGCAGCCAGAGGAGCUUUUCGGGAAGGGAUGAAAAAGGCUGGUCCAAAGAUGUUAGAACCUAUAAUGAAAGUUGAAGUUGUUACUCCUGAGGAGCACUUGGGAGAUGUGAUUGGUGAUCUCAACUCAAGGAGAGGCCAGAUCAACAGCUUUGGUGACAAACCUGGUGGCCUCAAGGUAGUCGAUGCCUUGGUUCCACUGGCAGAGAUGUUCCAAUAUGUCAGUACAUUGAGGGGGAUGACAAAAGGGCGUGCUUCCUACACUAUGCAGUUGGCUAAAUUUGAUGUUGUCCCUCAACACAUCCAGAAUCAGCUCGCUGCAAAAGAGGAAGCAGUUGCUGCUUAAUCUGUUUGAUGCUGUAAACACAGAAGCAUCUUCUUUUUUUUUUUUUUUUUGUUGUUGUGUCGAAAUCCUGAAAACUAAUUCUUUUUAAACCAAAAGUUUAUACGUGAUUCAAGUAAGUUUAUACCACGGCUAUGAUGCCUCUCACCCUCUCAUUAUGUCUAUAGAAAUCUUGAGUAAACUCAAAUGGGC